AGGAUUCGUGACUUCCGUUUCCGUAACAAGGCGGGCUUUCUCUUCUCACGCCGGGUUUCAAGCUUGAUAAAUAAGACGUAAUAAUGUCUCGACGACGAAGAGCAUCCUACAGCGAUGACGAAGAUGAUGGUCCGUCACGGAAAAGGAGACGUCAGUCAGAUGUUGUGGACAUUGAGGACCGUCUGGAAUCUCUUAUCACAAGAGUUGGAGAAAAGAGUACAUCAUCUCUGGAGAGCAACUUGGAGGGACUAGCCAGUGUGCUGGAAGCAGAUUUGCCCAACUACAAACAAAAGAUACUGAGAAUCCUCUGUGAAUGUGUUGUGGGAAUGCCGGAGAAACUAUCUGUCUACACAACAUUGAUUGGUUUGUUAAACGCAAAAAAUUACAACUGUGGAGGAGAGUUCAUAGAAAUGUUAGUGCGCAACUUGAAAGAGUCUCUUAAGACAGCUGAGUUUGAAAGUGCACGCAUGAUUGUGUGUUUCCUGUCUGACUUAGUCAACUGUCAUGUGCUGGUGUCAGGGUCACUGCUGCAGAUGUUUGACAACUUUAUCGAAGUGACACUUGAGGACAACAUUCCACAGGUUCGAUCUGACUGGUAUGUGUACUGUGUUCUGACAGCCUUGCCAUGGGUCGGACAGGAACUGUAUGAGAAGAAGGAGACUGAGCUCAGUAAGCUGCUGGCCACAGUGGACAACUACAUCAGCAAACGGCAGCACAUCCAUGUGCCAGCGCUGAGAGUAUGGGCUACUGAUGACCCUCACCCACAGGAAGAGUACCUUGACUGCCUGUGGGCACAGAUCAAGAAUCUCCGCAACAACAAGUGGGUUGAGAAGCAGAUCCUGCGUCCUUACCUGGCAUUCGACAGUGUGCUAUGUGAUGCCCUGCAGCACACCCUUCCCCAGAUCAUACCCCCCUCUCACAACGAGGAGAUAGAGUAUCCCCUACCCACAGUCACUUUCAGAUUGUUUGACUACACAGAUGUACCGGAGGGGAGUGUAUUGCCAGGGAGUCAUGCCAUUGAGAGAUACCUGAUUGAGGAGCAUCUCCACAAGAUCAUCCACACAUACUGCAUCGAGAGGAAGGACUGUGCAGCAACAUUGCUGAGUUUCACCAGCAAGAAUAAGAUCCCCCUGAACUACAUGAUAGUGGAGGUCGUGUUUGGUCAGCUGUUCCAGCUGCCACGCCCACCCUUCAUUGAGAUAUUGUAUGGCUCUCUCUUCAUAGAGUUGUGCAAGUUACAGCCAGGUUCCAUGCCUCAAGUUCUUGCCCAGGCUACAGAAAUGUUAUUUGAAAGAAUUGAUGAGAUGCAUACUGCCUGCAUAGACAGAUUUGCAAGUUGGUUUUCCUACCACUUAAGUAACUUCCAGUUCCGGUGGAGUUGGGAUGACUGGGCAACAUGUAAAGACCUGGACCUUGAGAGACCUAAACCUAAGUUCAUCCGAGAAGUCUUCUUGCGUUGCCUCAGGUUGUCUUACCACCAGCGUCUGGUAGACGUUGUGCCAGAGACCUUUGCUAACCUGAUCCCCAUCAAGCCCGUGCCAUUCUUCAAGUACGAGCAAGAAGGAGCAGGGUCCAUGCCUGGAACAACGGAAGCCCAUGCCUUGAUGUCUGCCAUCAAGUCAAAGUGUCUGCCUGAUGAAGCUGCACAGGUUCUCAAAGACCUGCCCAACCCACUGGCUGAUGAUGAUAGAGUGGAUGACCCACCUUACCAUCCGCUGAAGAUCGAUGUCUUUGUGUCAAGCCUGCUGUACCUAGGGAGCAAGUCAUUUAGCCAUUCUUUCGCAGCACUUGCCAAAUUUCACUCCUACCUGAAGUCCUUAGGGGAAACUGAAGAGGCCCAGAUCUGCAUCCUCAAGAGUCUUUACGAGGUCUUUAAGACUCACCAACAGAUGAUGGUGGUCCUUGUGGACAAACUGGUGAGGACACAGGUCGUAGAAUGCUCCUCGGUGGCCAACUGGCUUUUCUCAAAUGAGAUGCUUCCUGACUUCUCCUGUUUCUACGUAUGGGAGAUAAUGCAUAGUACAAUCCACAAAAUGAGCAACCAGGUUGGAAAGUUACAACGCAAGGUAGAAGAUGCUAAGGAUAAGCUGGAGGCAGCACAGCGGAGGUUAGCGGACGGCCUUGACCCAGACCCUAUCGAGGACGAAGACGUGCCGACAUUAGAGCAGAUUGACAGGAUGGAGGAGAAGCUGGAGGCAACACAGAGCCAGCAGAAGAGGCUGUUUCUCAUCAUCUUCCAGCGUUUUAUCAUCCUGUUAACGGAGCACCUGGCACGAUGUGAAGGUGCCGGCAUUGACUACAACACUCCAUGGUACAAAUGGGUCAUAGAGAGACUCCAGCAGAUUUUCCUACAGCAUCACAAGUUGGUGUACAAGUAUAUCAGUACCCUUGAGACACUUCUCUUCACAGCAGACAUUGACAUUCACAUCCUGGAAAUAUUUCAACAGUUUUGUGCUCUCCGCUCAUAAAGGCCAGUUGUUGGUCAGUGUGUGAGACUCCUUCCCAGCAGUGUGUCGACCAUUUUCCAUGGAAUAAUCUCCCAUGGUGUGAGAAAUUAAGACAUUUGAACAGUUGUGAAUAUUUUAAAAUACACACAGUCAAAUGAAAUGAUUUCUUCAACAGAUCAUGCAGAUAAAAGUUUGGAAUUCCCUCUUAUUUUUUAGAUUUUACAUUGUACAUAAGAGCAGUAGCAGUAGAGUACAUGUAUGUGGGAACCUAUGGAGGAGGUUGUUGUCGUGGACCAUCUCACUGUAGAAUGAAGGACAUUCCCUUUGAUCUCAAACAAUCAGUUGAAUUCAGAGGGAAAUGAUCUGAGACUGAAGCAAUGUUUCAGAUUGUCAGUUGGAAGCAAAGUGUUAACAAUAUCUGGACUUUGGUCACUGAUCUUAACUUGGCUUAUUCUGAAUGUGUUGAAUCUAAGUCAAAUGGUGCAUCUAAUGUUGUCAUUUUGCAUUAUUUUCACAAAUCUGUAAUGCCAAUUACUACAUAAACAAGUUUUGACUAGAAAUAAAUCUGAAGUGUGCUUGGAAGUUGUUUCUGGUUUAAUGGUCAGUAGUUGAAAGAACUUAGCAGUUCUUGAAAAAAAUUGAGAGUGGUCAUUGGUACUGUUUCAGUGUUUGUCAACCCUUUGCUUUUGACAGAACUUGGCCUCCAGAUUGGUUAUGCUCAAGUGUGAAUAUUCCAGUUAACUGAUAUGAAUGCAUGUGCACAUCUGAAACCCAAGAUAACAGAAUUUCCCUUAAAAGAAACUGGAAAAUCAGUUUUAUGUUUUUGUCUGCUUGCCUCACGGGGCCAGCCCGCCGAUUGAUGUUGCAGUAGGAGCAUUGUUGUCCCCUGACCGGUGAUACCCACACAGUAAUGGUCACCAUUGUCACUCUUUGUCAGAAUUUUGCCUGUAUGGCAAGACUACACAAAUGAAAAACUUCAGAUUUUUUUGUUCAAUGUAAUCAACUGAAAUAUUUAUUUUUAAUGUUAUCUUUAUUAUACUUGGAUGGAAUUUGUUGAAAGUUUCAAUAAUUGAUCACUAUAUUAUAACUUAGAUGAUAAACUGACCUGAGGAAGAGAUUAUCAUUUCGUUGAAGCCUUUAACUUUAAACUUAUAUUCCAUUUCAACAUUGGCUACAUCAUGUACAUAGGGGCUAACACCAUCGGUAACAAAGCAUCCCUCAUGUUGAUCGUCUGAAAGUCUUCAUAGUCUGUAUUUGAUUAUUAUAUGCUGUGUAAGCGCUUCAGUUUCAUGUCUGUGAAUGUUUUAGAAAAACUGUUCAAUUUAUCAUGUUAAAAUUGAGGAAAUGGAUUCUUCUUGUGUUAAAUAUUUUAGUUUGUUGCCUGAUGUAAGUAAAUCUUUUACUAGUUAACAACUAUAAGAACCAUGUCAUCACUGAGAGAAGAAACAUCUUGUUGUAAAUAAACAUGAUCCCCAUAUAA